GCAACCAACUUCUCCAGGGCGCUUUGCGGGACUCCAUAGCCGAACAUGGGGUUCAGUUUUGUCACCGUUCGCGUAAAGUAACCGUGGAGAGAGAGGGGGAAAAAGGCGAUGCGAGGACGCUUCUGAUACAGGAUAAAGUGCCGGUUUUCUGUGAAGAAUCAAGUCAUCUCCAUCCGAGUGUGUGCGCCAGAGAGAAAGAAAAAGACAGAGACAGAAGGGAGGUUUUACUGGAAAGACUCCCCCUGAGCUCCUCCAAGGACUCUGGGAAUCAAGUCAGAAAGUUUGAUGCUGAAUUCUGCUGCGUUAACCUGAGGUCCAGGGUGUAAGGGGAGCAGCAGGCCUCAGAGCUCCAAUGCCAGUGGACAUGCAGCCACACCAGGGGCUGUAUCACUAUGAGACCUCACCCAGCCAGCCCUCCAGAGGACUAGUUCCAUCAGACCAGUCUCUCUACAGUGAUGUGUCCUCUCUGCGUGCCCCACUCCUCAACGGCCCUCCCCAGGACUGCCGCUCAAUGUAUAAUCCCAUGACGCCCAGUAUGACCCAUGGAUCAGGACCAGGACAGGGGAUGGGUCACUGCAUGGAUCAAUAUAUGAGGCCCCCACAGGCCCCACCACCACACAGUAUCAUGGGCCACCGGGGCAUGCCGCCCACAGAGAGUGGCAACAGCACCCCCUACUGUAACCAGAGCAACAUGACAUCCUCUCAUCACAACUUCUGCCAUUUUCUGCCUGGUUCUGAUCAAAUUGGCUCAGGUGAUGGCUCCAGGUUCUCCACACCUCGUUCCAUGCUGAAGCUGAGUAAAAAGAGAGCUCUUUCCAUCUCACCUCUGUCUGAUGCCAGCGUUGACCUGCAGACAGUGAUCAGGACUUCACCCAACUCCCUAGUGGCCUUCGUCAACUCUCGUUGCAACCCCAACGGUGCCAGUUCUUAUGGGCAUCUAUCUGUGAGCGCCAUGAGCCCAUCCCUUGGCUAUUCGAGCAAUAUAAACUUUCAAUCCAGGCAACAAGGUUCCAUGUAUGGCGGUGGGGGGACGCCUAUGGGUGGACCCACACCAGGUCCAUGCCAAGCUUCACGCUUACCUCCCCACAAUCCUCGGCUGCACGCCCCACCCAAGCAUGGACAUCUGAAGACAGAGCCUGGACUUGGAGGUGUAAUGGAUGGAAUGAAUGUGAAGAGCCUGGAGGAGAGGUCAGAAGGAGAUGUGGCCAGUCCUUCUUCCACUGGCACUCAGGACCCUCUCUUGGGUUUACUGGAUGGCAGAGAUGACUUGGACAAGGAGGACGGGAAGCAGGAGCAAGAGGCCAUCUAUGAAACCAAUUGCCACUGGGAGAGCUGCAGCAAAGAAUUUGACACCCAAGACCAGCUGGUUCACCACAUCAACAAUGAGCAUAUCCAUGGAGAAAAGAAGGAGUUUGUUUGUCACUGGCAGGAGUGCUCUCGAGAGCAGAGGCCGUUCAAAGCACAGUACAUGCUGGUGGUUCAUAUGCGCAGACACACAGGAGAGAAGCCACACAAGUGCACCUUUGAAGGCUGUAAUAAGGCCUACUCUCGCCUGGAGAAUUUGAAGACUCACCUGCGCUCUCACACAGGAGAGAAACCUUAUGUGUGUGAACAUGAAGGCUGCAACAAGGCCUUCUCAAAUGCUUCAGACCGGGCCAAGCACCAGAACCGAACUCACUCCAAUGAGAAACCUUAUGUAUGCAAGAUCCCCGGCUGCACGAAGCGGUACACAGAUCCAAGCUCUUUGCGGAAACAUGUAAAGACAGUGCAUGGCCCUGAAGCACACAUCACCAAGAAGCACCGUGGAGACACAGGACCCCGACCACCAGGCUCAGCUAUGACCUCCGGAGGCCAAGAUUCUGAAUUGUUGAUGGAAAAAUCAGAGACACGCAGGGAGGACUGCAAACUGUUGGCUCCUGAGUCCACUUUGAAAUCUCAGCCAAGCCCAGGUGGUCAAUCAUCUUGCAGUAGUGAACGUUCACCACUGGGGAGUGCCAACAACAACGACAGUGGGGUGGAGAUGAACCUGAAUGCAGCAGGCAGUCUGGAUGAUCUCACAGCACUGGAAGAUGGAGUUGCAGGGGGAGGAGGAGAGCCAGGGAGUGUUGGAACAAUGGGAAUGUCAGCACAGGCUUUGAAGAGGCUGGAAAACCUGAAGAUUGACAAGCUGAAGCAAAUCCGCAGGCCAACCCCACCUGGUCGUUGUGCUAGUAACAAACUACCUGCACUUCCUGGUCCUGGAGAGAAUUUGGGAAUGUGUGCACCUUCUCCACUCCUCUCAAAUCGACGAGUGAUGGAGCUGUCCAAUCACGAGUUAGGCGGCGGCACAUCAGUUGGCUGCUCUUCUAAUGACAGGAGAGGAAGUGGCACCAGCAGCUUGAGCUCUGCAUAUACUGUCAGCCGUCGUUCCUCCAUGGUGUCUCCUUAUCUGUCCAGUCGGCGCUCCAGUGACGUCUCACAAAUGGGAGGAACAACAGGGGGAGGAUGUCACCUCCUCAGUCCAGAGCAGAGUGCGGGAGACCCCCUUUCUCCUGAGACCAAUCGCAGAGGAGCUCCAUGUCCUGGAGGAGGAGGAGGAUUGCCUGGUCUACCAAAUUUAACACCUGCCCAGCAAUACAGCCUAAAGGCCAAAUAUGCUGCGGCAACUGGUGGACCACCUCCCACACCUUUACCUAAGACGGAGCAGACGGGCACACCAGGCAGAAGAGGAGGUGUUCUGAGUGAUUACCAGGGACAGCCUCUGCCUCCCUUCCUUCAACAAGGUGGUCCACGAAGGCACAGUGCCAACACAGAGUAUGGCACAGGUGUUAUCUACCCUCACCAAGCUCCAGGUAACACCAGCAGAAGAGCCAGUGACCCUGUACGGUCUGCAGCAGAUCCACAAGCCCUGCCUAAGCGCUUCAAUAGCCUUAACAAUGUAGCCUUGAUGAGCCGAAGGAAUGCGCUGCAACAUCGGGGCUCCGACACCAGCCUUGCACGCCACAUGUACUCACCACGUCCACCUAGCAUUACAGAGAAUGUAAUGAUGGAGGCUAUGGGUAUGGAGCCCCACUUAGCUUCUGUUGAUUCCAGGGAUCGUUCCAUUAUGAUGCCCCCUGGAGAAAGGAGCUUCAUGGGAUACCAGCAACAGCAUCAAAUUCUUGGAGGAGCUGGAGGUCCUGCUUCAAACCAACUAUCCCCAAGCCAUGACUCUCUGAAUUGUCCAGACCAAGCUUACAUGCAGGGGCACUACCAGAAUCAGGGCGGAGGGGUCACUUCUAGGGCUGUUGGAAAUACGCAAGGCCAAGUAAGGCCAAUUCACUCAGAGGGCAUAUCAAAUACACUUCUCCAACAGGCUGAGUACAGUAUGAGCACCUGCCAGCUUAGUCCCUCAGGCCCUCACUACCCUAGCCUAGGCCAGGGUGGUGAUGCUGUAGGCCCUUGGAGUGAUACCCACAGCCAAAUCCAACCUUCCAGCCAUGCUCUACAGAACCCUCGAGGAAUGCAGUAUUCAGAUCCUAGCCUGCUGCCUCAUCAGACACAAGCCAACUUCAGCAAUCAGACAAGCCUCUAUAACAGCCCUGAUGGAACCCACAAACUUAUCAUCAAGCCAGAGCAGCAAUUUCACUCUGGAAUGGGAGGUGGAGAUGCCUGUCAAAAUGCUAAGCUCCAACAGCAGCAAAUGCUCCUCCAGCAGACUCAGGGUUACCAGCAACAGACUGGCCAGGUUAUGAUGAGGAACUCUAACAAUCCCAGCUGUGACUUUCCAGGGAACCCAAACUCCUACCCCAGUGGAGGGGGCCUGAGCUUGGGCUGUGCUGGCACUGCGCUUUCAGAUGGACAGAGAUCUGAAACCCCAAUGAUGCAGGUGAAGGAGAUGAUGGUGAGAAACUAUGUUCAGUCUCAGCAAGCUCUCAUGUGGGAGCAACAACAAGAACAACAACAACAGCAGCAGCAGCCAAGUGGCAUUAAACCGCCUCCAUUAUCUGAUAAUAUGGAUAUAAGUGCUCAGUCUGCAAUGAUGCAGCACAGUCCACAACACCAAAACCAGAAUCUAUACCCUAGCCAGCCCUAUCAAAACUAUCCCAACCAGAACCUGGUAAUGAGCCCUCCAGCCCACACCAGAGGGCCCAGCUCUGUGACACCUAAAGACCAGCAACUAACAGGUCUCCAAGGUUCAUGUUAUGGCCAGGAAAUGGUGGUCCCAAGGCCUCCUCAGGGAAGGAAACCUCUCAGCCGCCAGAACAGCCUGUCACAGGUUGGAAGUGUCUACCUUGGCAGCCCACCCCACCUCAGUCCUGUCCACUCCACUUCCAGCCCAAGACGAGGGAUUCGACUUCCUCCUGUUCAGCAUCCACAGCACACGCAUAAUGAAAUGUUUUCUCCUUCCAAUAACAACAACAACAUGUACUACUCGGGUCAGAUAAACAUGGAAUUAGAGAAACACAUGGACCCACAGAAAGGACCUUGUCUGAAUCAGCAGCACAAUAUGGCAUCUAACCUGGACCCUACGGGUGGCACAAAGUCCGUCUCCAUGCCUCCUUAUCCUGAAUCUGGCCCCAUGUCCAAUGCCUUAGAGAACCUGGACCUAGACAAUGCUCGCAUAGACUUCACCUCCAUCAUUGAUGAUGCAGAUUCUUUCAGCCCAGUCAAUCCCCUUCAGGGUCAGCCAGGGUCUUCCUCCCAAGCCUCAUCCCGCCUCACCACCCCCCAAACUUCUGUCAGCCUAGCUGCAGGCUCUGGCCUGUCUAACAUGGCUGUGGGCGACAUGACGUCUAUGCUUACCUCACUGGCUGGGGAAAAUAAAUACCUGAACACGCUGUCUUAGGAAAACAUUGGGUAGACUAAUAAUCAAGUGCAGACCUCGGACAGUUCUUAAUGUUUAAAUAUACUUUGUGCACUCUCCAGGUUAACCAGCCAUGGGUUAUCGCUUUUAGUGAUUUUUCCUGGUACUUUGCAAAAAAGGUCAGUUAGGGUAACUCUGUUAGGAUGUUGCCCAACAAGCCUUUAAAUGUAAACCAAUCACAUUAACCUGCGAGAUUGAGAAACUGGCCAGGGGUCUCUUGGCACUGGUGGAUACCCAUGUUGCAGGAAUGAUGAUAUGGUGUUAUGGGUUGAGACUAACCUACUUACAUAACAGGUUUUAAAUUUUAAGACUUGCCCACCCAAAACCUUAAAACCAAAGGUGCCUGAUCAACCGCCCAGCUGUUUAGUAUCCACUGCCUUGGUACUUAUUAUAGACCCAGAGCUACAUGCCUGAUAUGAAACUGAUACUGAACUUUUCCAAACAGGCAUUCCAGUUACAUGGGGCUGUAGAAGCAGUGGAGUAGAGGAGAAUGCAUGUAAAUACGUUUUAUAAACUUUUAGAUAUAUUCUGUAUAUGACAAUGAGACAGUGAAUACAUCAUCCCCUGUCUUGUUUUAGACUGCUUGGAUUCUGAAGAGCGAUAUUCUGACAAGAUGGUUGUCUGAAGAGCUGAGUGAAGACUAAAGUGCUUUUAGUGAUUGAGAAAUAACUUAUCAAUGCUACUAAAUAUGAAUCUGUAGCUAUUGCUAGGAAUUUCAAUUGUCAUGAACAAAAAACAUUUUCAUAGUGGCAAAUUCCAACACAUGCAUCACUGCAGUCACAAAAACAAAUAUAGCUUGCACACAAACACUCAGGACUUGUUGGUGUUUGAAUAUUUGCUGUUUAAAUUACAUUUAUGAUGUAAUUGCUUUUACAGUCAGAGAGUUUGCACUCCACAUGUUUACUGCAGGUGUUCCUGAAGCAGCUACACUUUUUCCCAGUGAUGUUUAAAACUGCAAAGCAGAAAGGGCAUGCUCUUUCAAAGGUACACACAAGGGGGAUCAUAUAUAAAACUCAAAUAUGAUAUUACAAAUAAUGUCUCAAACAACCCCUCUACAUCACUGUAUUCACACGUCUUAGCUAAGAAAACACCAGAACUACAACACUUCCAUUAUGCAGCUGAAGAUGACGACUAUUUUGAAUUAAGCCAGAAACUUUUGUAUGAGAAAUUCAGGUACACUCAUAGUACAGUGCUUCUGCAAUUUGGUUCCAAUUCCAAAGAGGAGUUAUUUGAAAAUUUCUUCUUAUUCAGGAUAGGGGAUCAAGAAGUGGGAAUUGUAUCAAUCGCAACCACUUUAGUAAAAUGCAUGUUAGGUUAUGUGUACACUGAGGUACUUCUUUUGCAACUAUACAGCUGUAUCAUAUGGAAAAAAGGCUGCGUUUCUUGGUAGGUGAACCAUUUUACACUGUGGCUUUGCACUGAUUAGAGCACUGUGUGAAAAGGCUCCUGUGACUAUUCACAGGUACCUCAUUUUAUAGUUAUCAUGAUACAUCAGUAUUUUUUUAUAAUUAUUGGAAUACUCAUGAGAGAAAGUUUAAACUCAACAAGCAUUAUUUGUAACUAUUCAGAACAAAAUAGUAGCGCCACUUUAUUUUACUAAGCAUUAGCAGGAAUGAACAUUUCUCCAUUUUGGAAAAAGUGUACAACCUACCAAAGACACCUUAAACAUAGAGAAAAAGAUGCACAAAUAGUCUAUUUUAACACAACACUAAUACCAGCAAUAAGGGCAUGAACAUUGACUGAUAGUGCUGUUCUUUGGAAUGUAUGAAAUGUUUUGUACAAAGUUAUCCUUUUAUAUUAAUGAACUUUAUGGAAGUUGCCUUCUACAUGUGUGUGUGUGUGUGUGUGUGUGUGUGUCUGUGUGUGUCUGUGUGUGUGUGUGUGUGUGUGUGUGUUUAUUUGUAACUGUCAUCUUCAUUCUGUCUUUUUUGCUGGCAAAAGAAUAUCAUCUUUAGCAAAAGAAAGCUAUGAUACUAGCAUUAACUAUAAUAGACAAAAGCCAAGUGUUAUAUUUUGUGUACAAUUUUCUACAUUUUUAUACAAAUGUGCUUUAUUUUACCAGUUUAUGAAUAAACAUGUUCAGUGGGAUGAAA